GGAACUGGAAUAUGGUUUGGGAAAUUAUGGAGGGGUGGUCCCCAGUGGGAGGAAAUGAUAGGGAAGAGGUCUUAGCACCAUAUGGGGAGGGUCCCCUGGGAAGGGUGUGGUGGGUGAGAAUGCCAUAGGGUUAGGACCCUGUUAUGAAGGAGUCCUCAGAUAACCUUGGUGUGAUCAGGAGGUCCCUGAGGAUCCUGGUGGUUUGGAGGGGGCCCAGAAGACUCUCAUAUGGUUUAGGGAGAUCUUAGAGUUCUCUGGAUUGGGGCACCAACUGGGAAGGGUAGAUCUUGAAGUGGAGGGACCUUGCUGUGGUAAUACGAGGUCAUGACGUUAGGGAAGACUACAAGAUGGUGGGAUCUUGUGUGGGGAGGGCCAUGAGUAGAAAUGGGGAGAGGAGAGUGAACCCUACUCCCUGUACUGUCUGGUUUCUCUCUUCUUCUCUUCCUCCCCCGCAAUUAUUCGUGUCUUUCUGUCCUUUCCUGUCAUGGCCCACAUCCCUGCCUGGCUCCCAAUCAUUCCCUUUUCCAUGUUCCUCUCUUUGUGCUGCCUACUUCAUUUAUUUGGUAAUCAUUUGUUGGGGACUCCGCUGUGCCCCACCUCUACCACUUCUCUCUGUCCCCUCUCUUCAUUGCCACCUGCUGCUGUGUUGUACCCUUUUCUUCCUCACUCUGUGCCCUGCCUUCUCUGUGUUGUCCACCUCUUUCCCGCUUGGUACUGCCCAACACAUCCCCUUGUUCCAUGUUGUUCCCCCACCUCCCGCCUGCUCUCAGGUCUCAGCGGCGGUGGCAGCCGAGGUGCAGGAUGCGAGAAGGCGCCCCCCGGCCGGGCUCCCGCUCCAGGCCUCACUCCCCUGCGGCCCUCUGAGCCCACCAUGGCCGUCCCACCGGGCCAUGGUCCCUUCUCUGGCUUCCCGGGGCCCCAGGAGCACACGCAGGUAUUGCCUGAUGGGCGGCUACUGCCGCGGAGGCUGCCCCUGGCCUUCCGAGACGCGACCUCAGCCCCGCUGCGCAAGCUCUCCGUGGACCUCAUCAAGACCUACAAGCACAUCAAUGAGGUAUACUAUGCGAAGAAGAAGCGGCGGGCCCAGCAGGUGCCACCUCAGGACUCGAGCACCAAGAAGGAGAAAAAGGUCCUGAACCACGGUUAUGACGAUGACAACCAUGACUACAUCGUGCGCAGUGGCGAGCGCUGGCUGGAGCGCUAUGAGAUUGACUCACUCAUUGGCAAAGGCUCCUUUGGCCAGGUGGUGAAAGCCUAUGAUCAUCAGACCCAGGAGCUGGUGGCCAUCAAGAUCAUCAAGAACAAAAAGGCCUUCCUGAACCAGGCCCAGAUUGAGCUGCGGCUGCUGGAGCUGAUGAACCAGCAUGACACAGAGAUGAAGUACUAUAUAGUGCACCUGAAGCGACACUUCAUGUUCCGGAACCACCUGUGCCUGGUGUUCGAGCUGCUUUCCUACAACCUAUACGACCUCCUGCGCAACACGCACUUCCGUGGCGUCUCGCUGAACCUGACGCGGAAGCUAGCGCAGCAGCUCUGCACGGCGCUGCUCUUCCUGGCCACGCCCGAGCUCAGCAUCAUUCACUGCGACCUCAAGCCCGAGAACAUCCUGCUCUGCAACCCCAAGCGCAGCGCCAUCAAAAUCGUGGACUUCGGCAGCUCCUGCCAGCUUGGCCAGCGGAUCUACCAGUACAUCCAGAGCCGUUUCUACCGUUCGCCUGAGGUGCUCCUGGGCACACCCUACGACUUGGCCAUUGACAUGUGGUCCCUGGGUUGCAUCCUGGUGGAGAUGCACACUGGAGAGCCCCUCUUCAGUGGCUCCAAUGAGGUGGACCAGAUGAACCGGAUUGUGGAGGUGCUGGGCAUCCCACCAGCCCCCAUGCUGGACCAGGCACCCAAGGCUCGAAAGUACUUUGAGCGGCUGCCUGGGGGUGGCUGGACCCUGCGAAGGACAAAGGAACUCAGGAAGGAUUACCAGGGCCCCGGGACACGGCGGCUGCAGGAGGUGCUGGGCGUGCAGACGGGCGGGCCCGGGGGCCGGCGGGCGGGGGAGCCGGGCCACAGCCCCGCCGACUACCUCCGCUUCCAGGACCUGGUGCUGCGCAUGCUGGAGUAUGAGCCCGCCGCCCGCAUCAGCCCACUGGGGGCUCUGCAGCACGGCUUCUUCCGCCGCACGGCUGAUGAGGCCACCAACACGGGCCCGGCAGGCAGCAGUGCCUCCACCUCGCCCGCGCCCCUCGAUACCUGCCCCUCUUCCAGCACCGCCAGCUCCAUCUCCAGCUCUGGAGGCUCCAGUGGCUCCUCCAGUGACAACCGGACCUACCGCUAUAGCAACCGAUAUUGUGGGGGCCCUGGGCCCCCCGUCACUGACUGUGAGAUGAACAGCCCCCAGGUCCUGCCCUCCCAGCCACUGCGCCCCUGGGCAGGGGGUGAUGUGCCGCACAAGACACAUCAGGCCCCUGCCUCUGCCUCAUCACUGCCAGGGGCCGGGGCCCAGUUACCCCCUCAACCCCGAUGCCUUGGCCGUCCCCCGUCACCAACCUCGCCACCACCCCCGGAGCUGAUGGAUGUGAGCCUGGUGGGCGGCCCUCCGGACUGCUCCCAGCCUCACCCAGCGCCUGCCCCCCAGCACCCGGCUGCCUCAGCCCUCCGGACUCGGAUGACAGGAGGUCGUCCACCCCUCCCACCCCCUGAUGACCCUGCCACUCUGGGGCCGCACUUGGGCCUCUGUGGUAUACCCCAGAGCACGGCAGCCAGCUCAUGACCCUGCCCCCUCCCUGGGGCCCCUCCUGAAGCCAUACCCCCCCCCCCACCCAAUCUGGGGGCCCUGGGCUCCCAUCCUCAUCUCUCCCCUUGACUGGAAUUGCUGCUACCCAGCCGGGGUGGGUGAGGCCUGCACUGAUUGGGGCCUGGGGCAGGGGUUCAAGGAGAGGGGUUUAGGCUCACCUCCCCACUAAGGACUGGACCCUUGGUCCCUUCUCUCCCCUUGUUUUCUAUUUAUUGUACCAAAGACAGUGGUGGCCCAGUGUGGGGAGGGGGAGAUUCCCUCUCACCCCAGGGCCCUAGGAGGGGGUGGGGGCAGGUAGGGGGAGAUGGCCUUGCUCCUCCUUGCUGUACCCCCCAGUAAAGAGCUUUCUCACA